GUUGUUGUUUCUCCUUGGUGUGAGGGCUCUCCCUGCAGCUGCCAAAAGGCAAAAUGUUGAUCCGACUUCUCACUUCGAAAUUGCCCGAGAAUCUGAAGAAAGUACUCUACAAGGCUGACCGGUACCACCGGCUGGGCUGCCUGCACGAUGAUAUGUGGAGAGAUUCACCUCUGAUUGAUGAAGCCGUGCGUCGUCUCCCGAAGAAGGUGCAAGACGAGCGGAACUACCGCAUCGUGCGAGCCUUCCAAUUGAGCUUGACUCAUACGCUGCUGCCGGAGAAAGAGUGGACGUCUUACGAUGCUGACCAUUACUACCUUGAGCCGUACAUCAAGGAGGUCGAGGAGGAGAUGGAAGAAAUCAAACAAUGGCUUAAAACUCAUUAGAAGCAGUCCUAAUAAAGUAUAUUAAGUUUUA